UCCUGUUUCAAGUCCAGCGCGGAACCACAAUCCAACCUGUAGUUUGUGUGCAGCUGUAGUUCGUGUACAGAUGUGGAGCAGCAGCUUCUCUCCUCAGAGUCCCUCGGUGCAGACAUGCAGCAGAGUGUGGAGGCGAUGGUCCGCCUGCUGGAGUCCUACAGGGGCAGAGACAGAGUUAUCAGGACAGUCUGUUAUGGCUCCCAGCUUGUUGGAGGAGUUCUCUCCCGUAAGGCUGAGACCGACGUCUCGUUCCAGCGACUCGGGAAAAGUCUGCUUCUGUUUUCUGCUCAGCUGAGUCAGUGCAGGACGGUGCUGAGGCUUUUCGAUGAUCUCUCCAUGCUGGCCUACUCCCACAGCUAUGGGUUCGGAGCUGAGGAGGAGGACUCAGGUGUGCGUUGGAUUUCUGUGCUGAACAAUGUGGCCGAUCAGCUCUAUUACCCCUGUGAACACAUCGCGUGGGCCGGCAACGCUGAGCUGGUGAAAGUGAACUCUGACAAAUGGUGGCUGUUCAGCACGGUGCUGUGGGGAACCUCGCUGCUGCUGGGAAUACUCAGGUCCACUCGACUUCUGCUGCUUUUGAAGAAGAAGCUGAACAGAUGUGGAAGGGACGCAGCUGACAACAGUCAAGCUCAGCUCCACAACCGAAUGCGAGGGGAGGUUCUCUCCAUCCUCAGCAAAAUGGCUGACCUCAGUAACGCCAUUCACUGGAUGCCACCUGGCUUCCUCUGGGCUGGUCGAUUCCCCAGCUGGUUGGUGGGGCUGAUGGGCACCUUCUCCUCUGUGAUUGGUUUGAUUAAUACUAGCACUGGCGACUGACCGGACAUCAUCAUCACCUCACAGUGAGGAAAAGAUUAGAGGCUGAGAUCAGCACUGAGCGAAUGAUGUACAGUGACUGAAAGGAUGUGUAGGAAGAUCAAUGUGAUUAAUCAAUCAAUUUGUUUUGCUCUUAUUUCCAAGCUAACCCCUGUAACAUUGCAAUCACACAAAUUGGACAUUCAUUUAUUACAUGAUUCCUCAUAUGCAGAAUAAAGUAUUAACUUGUAUUUUGUGAAAGUGUACAACUUGGCCAAGAUGAGGAUUUAGAAGUCUUAACGACUCUGUGGUUAAUCGGAUGCAUCUUCUGGGGAAAAUAAUUCUUGCAGUUAUCACAUAUUGCAUCCUAUUAUCACACACUGCUUUAAGGUAGCCACUUCCACCAAAUACAACAACUUUGUCUGGAACUCCUUUGCCUGAGGAGCAGAGGACUCUUAAAGUAUGUUUAACGUUGGAUUUAAUGCAGAUGAGACAUAACGUGACACUGAACCUUCACCUCCUCAGUCAAUCGACUUAAAAUGUCACUGCUGAAGAAGGGGAUAUUAUGGCUGUUUUCAGAUUUUGAGAUGAUUAUAUUGAUGUGAUAAAGGAUAGAUGGAGUGUAUGAGGCAAUUGUUGCCUCAUACACUCCAUAUAUCUGUAUAUGGACUCGUUAUGCCUUUUUAUUAUUGUGAUGACUAGGCUGUCAAGAUUUUUCAGAUGGAAAUUUUUUUGCUGUGACUGUAUUUCUUCAGGGUUUGGGUUUAAAGCUUGUGAUUACAACUAAUUGUCCACAGGUUUUUAAAUUGUAUUAUUGUAUGAAAUUAGCAGCAGAAAUAUCUGAUUUCCAUCGAGGAAUCAAAAUGUGAGACUUUGGACUAAGGGUUUGUCUGCCUUAUACAACAAUGGUGAUCCAUUUUGUGGAAACAGUCAAGUGUAAAUGAAUAAAAUAUAAAAUAAUUGUAGAUCAUGUUUUAAAAUAAUGAAAAUGUUUGAUUAAACUCUUGUAUUUUCUAGA